AAUUUCCCUUACAUAACCCACUAGAAUUAUAUUUUCCAUUAUCAAAGAUGUCUUCAAUAUCUGCAUCAGCUCUUCAGAACCUCGAUGAAUCUUCUAGAAAAGAUAUAAUGCAAUUCAUUGAAGCAGAACAAUCAAAAUCAAAGGUUCAAAUGUCCAUACAUAAUUUCACCGAUAUGUGUUUUAAGAAAUGUAAUGCCAAUAAACCAAUAACAAAUGGAAGUUUAGAUUCUUCUGAAGAAGCUUGUCUUACUAAUUGUCUCAAUAGAUUCUUAGAUACCAACAUCAAAGUAGUACAGGCUUUACAAGGUCAACAACAUUAAAUAUACUCAUACUCUAUAUUAUGAUCAUUCCUUAUCAUUCUGUACAUAAAUAAUAUUACAAAUUACUUA